AUGUUCGCCUCGCUGCUGCGUCCAAAGCGCCAGCGCGGGCAGGUCGAGCAGUCCCCAUUCUCAACCCCCUCCCCGUGGUUUCGCUCCACACACAACAACUCGCGACGCGUCCCUCGAGCCGAUGAAAGCAGCGAUGAUGCGCCAGAGCUUCACGAAAUCGAUGAGGAAGAUAUGGACCAGGACUGGGAGGAAGGGGAAGAGGAAGAGGACGGACCACUCGAGUCUACACCUCUAUUGCCUAUGUUCUCUGCGUCGCAUUUGGAUGCGCUGCCUGUUUACAACAUCACCCACGCCAUUCGUCCUUUGAUCGCUUCACGCUGCGAAACCACCCUCACAUGGGACCAACUACGCUCGCCGCAGGUCUCCCAGUUCCUGAUCAAGCCGAUCCUGCAGAAAAUCAUGUCGGCCCACUUUUCGCGCGCGACCCUCUAUGCAUUGAUGGCCAACUGUCUGCAAUUCGAGAGAGAAAUACACCUAAGUCCGGGGAAUAGCGGGGCAAAUCAGACACGGGCAAUGGUCAGUGAACUGUUGGCGAUAAAGCUAUUGCGGGAAUACUCGACCCGCGAAUUGAUCGAUGCGCUGUCCUACGAGUUCUAUCCACUUCAGGGCCAGGAUCAAUCCACAAUAUUAGUCACUGGCCCUCAUCGGAAACGGGUGGUUGCGGCCCGUGUCUCAUGCUUAGAGGUUGCUAUCCGCGCGCAGGCCAAGCGAUUCUUGGCCCAUCCUGUCGUCGUGCAACAAUUGGAGGCUAUCUGGGCGGGGACGGUUGUCUUCCACUCGGCCGCCGACAGUCUCCAUCGCUCUAUGAGCAUGAACCAAGGUGGAAACCUGGAUUAUGGGGCAACAAUGGAUCCCAAUGAUGAUAAUACGACCGAGUCCAGCAAUAAGAUACUUCGGCGGUCAGUGACGAUCUACAACCCCCGGGACGCAUCUUUGUUCAAAUUAUCGCGGCUGAGGGUGCCGCGCUAUCGGCAGUUUCUUUCCACCCUAUCCUUUGCAGUACUCUUGGGACUGUUCCUGGCGGUUUUGGAACAGCGCAGCCGCAGGAUCACAUCUCUUGAGAUCUUAUUCUGGUUUUGGAGUGCCGGAUUCAUGCUUGAUGAAGUUGUUGGGUUCAAUGAGCAAGGCUUUAGUCUUUAUCUGAUGAGCUUCUGGAAUCUGUUCGACGUCGGGAUUUUGCUAUUGCUCUUCGCAUAUUAUUGCUUGAGGAUAUACGGCACAUUCCUGACCUACCCUAGAAGUGAAUAUAUCGCCGAUCAAGCCUUCGAUGUUCUUACAGCUACAGCUCCCUUGCUAUUCCCGAGGUUGUUUUCUAUAUUGGAUCAUUAUCGCUACUUCUCCCAACUCCUCAUUGCUUUCCGAAUAAUGGCCUCAGACCUGAUUGCCGUCUUCGUACUCAUCGUCAUUUCUUGCUCUGGCUUUUUUGUCUCUUUCUUGUACUUUGGAGACAACAAGUCCCCCAAAGUGGUGGCUUAUGGUUUGUUCCAGAUGCUGAUGGGAUUUACGCCAACCGCAUGGGCAAUGUGGGAUGAAUACAACUUUUUAGGGAGAACAAUUCUGACGGUUUUCCUGUUCAUCUGUCAUUUCGUCGUCGUCACUAUCUUGAUCACGGUUCUAACCAAUUCUUUCAUGAGAAUUGUCCAGAAUGCAAAUGAAGAACAUCAGUUCUUGUUCGCUGUCAAUACCAUCUCGAUGGUCAAGUCUGAUGCUUUGUUCUCUUAUGUGGCACCAACAAACAUCAUUGCCUGGCUAGUGACACCAUUCCGAUCCCUGAUGCCGUUCCGUGACUUCAUUCGGCUCAAUCGGACCAUUAUCAAGAUAACCCACUUACCCAUAUUAUUUACAAUUUGCCUCUAUGAGAAGACAAUCCUCAGUUCUCGAGUCGUCCAGCCGAUGGAUCUAAUUGAACCUACUUCACAAAAUGAAACACCAGCUCAUAUCCAACAGCCACGUCGAUUCCGUGGUUUCAGCACCAGUGCAUCGGUUCUCAGACGGGAGCCAUCUGUGGCAACAUACCAGAAGGAUCGGGCGUUGGAGGAAGUGUUUCGACGCCCAUAUCGUGGCGAUCGAAUGCGAGGCCCACCAAGCACUGUGCAUGAACGCCAGACCAAUAAUGUCAUCAAAGACUGGAUGCAGGAGAUCGGCUCUGGACCAGCUAAUGGACCCGAUGAUGUGGACUCGCUAGUUGCGGACCGUCAUGGCAUGCACCGACAACGAUUCAAAUUUCCAUUCCGCGCUAGAUUAUCUAACCCACCUCGAGAUUUCACCGAAACCACCCGAUCAGUUGCUUCGAAUCCUGAGGACCGAACAAGCUGCGCAGCCAGCCCAGUCAUCCGGUCUCGGCGCACAAGACCCUCUAUCUCGCCCACUCAGAAACGACAACUCUCCCUUCAUACAGACAUGGAGGGUGAUGACGAACUUACCAGCAACGAUGGUGACUCAAAUGAUAACAAGCAAUCGGCUCUAGGGUCCACGGGUGAGACAGCUGACUCGGUUGAAGGUGCGGAGAGGCCGUCGCCCAAGUUCUACAGCUCUCGUCCAUCUACCGCAAGAAUGAUGUCGCGCCGCAACAGCCCUACACGUCGCAUCAGACAUACACGGAAUGCUUCUGGGGUCACCAUGUUGUACAAUCCAGUUGGAUCUCUAGAUGAAGAGACCGAAGGCCGGGUCACACCUACACGGCCGGAUACGGAUUCCUCCGAUGGAGAAUCACCCCCUUUUGCCUCCACCUCGUUAGAUCAGGGUACCAUGAAGCGUCACGACAUAUCUCGUGCUCGGAACCCUCCAAUUGGACUACAUAUGUCCGUUCCCGAUAUAGAUUACCUAACUAAUCGGUCCACGGGCACCCGACCUCGAUCAUCCCUUCUCUACGAUCUGGGAUCUGAUCUAGGCGACAACAAGGCCGUGGCGAGUGGCUUUUCCGGUGCCCUCCCGUCAAGUUUCCAGACCCAACUAGGAUUUGCCCCACCCGUUCGUCGUGAACCCCCAACCCAAACCCAAGACAUGCUCAGCAAGUUGGUUCUAGCUCGCAUGAACAACAUCGAAGAAGGGUUCCGUGAGGUGAUUAAAGAAUUCAAAGAUCUUCGCCGCAGCGAGUCUAGCCGCAGCCCAAGCCGACCGGACGAGUCCCGGGGGGCUACGCGUGAGAAGAAGAAGCGUGACAAGAAAGACUCGAAGAAGAAGAGUGUCGCUUCACCUGCAAGCCGGGCUGCUAGUGGUGAAGACCCAUUCACAGGAAAUCAGCCGGGUGAUGAUACCCUGCCGUCUUCUUAA